AGCAGGGGAGUACUAACUAGCGAGGGUGAAGGUGCACUUCACUAACUGGGUAAAUACUAUGUAGCUGCUGAGAAACAGUGAAGAAAGUUUAUUUACUCAUUGUUUGUACAUUUCUUAAACCAUAUGGAACAAUAUAAAAGCUAGCGCUGGAGAUUCUUUUUACACGAAAUUAACAAACCUCAGGGUGUAAAAUGUCACUAAGUAGGAAAAAUUGGAGUGCUCUCUCCAGUCUGGCAAGGCAAAGAUCAAUGGAGGAUGAUGAAGAAUUUGAGAAGGCUCGUCGGCGCCGAACUCGAAUGAACAGUUCAUUAACAGAUAAUGAAGGUAUUCCUGAAGAGCAAUAUACAUCUGAAAACAGCUCUGAGUUAAACGAACAAGAAGUGACAACUACACAUGCAGAAGAUGAACCUGUUGAAUUUGCUGAAAUGCUGAAGAGGAGAGAAGAGGAUAAAAGGCGCUACCAGCGUGAGAUGUUGCAAAGUUUGAAAUUAGCCAAGUUCGGCUCUGAGUCAGAGUUUGAAGGAGGAAGUAAGAGUGAGCAAGAGAAUGAAAACAAGAAGCCAGAAAUGAAGGAGGUGCCCACCAAAACACUGGAGAAACAAACAGAAGACUAUUAUAGUAGGAGACCUAGUGCAAGCAGUUUGAAGGAAAAGGAGACCAACAGCAGAGCAGCCAGCAUGCAGAAUCAUCCUGACAUAGGUAAUACUGGCCAUCAAUCACCUCUCAGUCCUUUACACACUACACGGGCCUUUAUCAGUUUAGGAAAGCCCAAAGAAGAAACAAGCCCAACAAAGCUGAAAAAGCAGCCCAGCCUGGAAAGUAAUGCAUGCCCUCUGGUGGAGUAUAGCAGUACAAAGGCUGAAAGUGAUUGCCACAGAUAUCAAACAAAAUCAACAGAGAUCAAGGGAAAAGAACGAGAAGGAUAUGCAAAACUUCAGGAAGAUGCAUCCAAGCAAGAAAUCAAGAACAAUGCAAGGCUACAGGACGAGAAAUCAGGAGUACAACAGGAGAAAAAGGAAAAUAUCCCUGAUUGUUCCAGCACAAAAAGCAGCCCCUUCCGUCGUUUCUCUGCAAGAGCUGCAUCAUUCAGAGCAACGAAUCCCGAGGUGAAAAGCCAAUUCCUCCAAAGAAGUGCCAGUUUAAGGAUUCCAGCCCGAUCGUCAUCAGGAAAAAUUGAUGGCAUACUUGAGAAGUAUGCAAAGGCAAUUGAGAGAAGUGACAGCAUCAAAUCAAAGUCAUCCUCUUCAGAUUACCUGUCCCGACCACUGGAAGGCAUUGCAAGCAAGCGCUGUGUGUUUGAAAAAGAAGACGCACAAAAUAGCAGUUCUCGAUUUCUAAUGACCAGAAAGGAUAUUCGACCAGGUGAUGUAGCCAGUAAACGGAGCCUCUGGGAGAACAAAGCUGAUUCUGUAGAAAAGAAAAAGUUGCAGGAUCACCAGUCUUUCAGCAAGAACAACAAUCAAAGUAAGACAAAGGCGUAACACAUCAAACUGAGAAAAGCUACAGAAAUGGAGUCAAGCUAAAGCAGCAAAUAUAAUUCACUUGAAGAUGAUAAAUGUCUUAACACAAGCUUGAUUAAUUGAGCUAACUUCAAUAGGAAUGAUUUCACAGCAAAACAAUAAUGUUUUAAUAUAGGGUAUUCAGCUACUUUUAAAACUGUUGUGUCACAGAAAAAAAUGUAAUUUGUUAAUUAAUUAAAAUCAAGUUCCUGUUUAAACCAUUAAGAGAGUAAAUUAGGUUCAAACUUUGUAAAGUAAGAUGCUUUAAAUUUUGCAAUUUUAUGGUUGCGAAUACAAUAUCAUGUACACUUCAUUUCAAUUAUUUUUCUUGAAAAUAAAUGUUUAAAUGGUAA